AUGUUAGCAUUCAAUCCGGUGCAGCUAGCACUGCUAGUGCUGCUAGCAUAUUUCCUUGCCGUGUCGGGGACAAGCGACAACGAUCGGGCCAAAUCACGCCAGCGACGCUUUUUAAUCUUUCCCCGCGCCAAUCCACAGCGAUUGCAGAUGAUCGGUGGUUUCGGCAUACCGGCCGAUAUACAGCUCGAAUCCAUCACGAUGGGAUACGUGUUCAAAUCGGUCUAUCUGUUACCGUGGAACUCAUCCCACUGGAUACCGCCCUUUCUCGAUCGCCACGAGUUUGAGACGGCCCGUGCACCCCAUCACGGUCUUCGUAGGCGCGAAACCGUGACGACAACGCCUCUAGUGAUAGCGCCUCAGAAGUUGUACGAACGUUACACGGAUCAGUGGGAUGACAGUUGGGACGGUGAAGACGGGCCCGCCGAAUUUGGAACUGCUUCAUCGCAAUCCCGCUGGACGUUUUAUCGCAUGCUGGAACAACUGUUCGAUCAAAAAGGCUUGAAUGGCCGGAGCUGUGUGUUGCGUGCAAUUUGUGAAGGCUCGGUAGCUAGUUUUACGCAUACCAGUGGGUUGAUCGGUGAGCUGCUGCACAUUGCCUUUACGCCUUCCUCCACCGACGACGUCCAGACGGAACCUCACCACACAUUAUACGGUCAGGCGGAAAGGAUACCCGACACGAUGAGUGCUACCAGGGGUGGCACAUCCGUUUGCGCUGACAUGUAUGCCGAAUGUAAGCUAUCGCUGUUGGAUUCGUUUUCUAGUGUGUUUAAUGGGUUGAUAAGUGCAACACUGAAAUACCAUCAGAAGAAAAGGAAGCAGCACAAACAGCAACAGCAGCAAAUACAUACACCGCGAAGCAACUGGAAGUAUCUACCGCUCAUAAAACAGCUUAGCAGCAGCACCAGCCAGUACCGGCAACAACCCACAGCGCAAAACUUCCCGAUCAGCGGUAACCACAAUCCGCUACGGUUUUGGUGCAACGUAACGUUCUGCCGGGUGUCCGUUAGUAGUAACGCUGCUGUUGAAAGUGUUUCGUGUCGGAAGGUGCAUUUGCAUAGAACACAUGUUGUACAGCGUGCUGGAAAGCGAAUAACACUGAUGAAGUGA